UCCUCGCCGCCGUCCUCGCCGCCGUCCUCGCCGCCCUGACGGCCAGUGACACCGCCCGCGGGACUGUGCGCGCGUUUGUGUGUGUGAGUGCGCGUGUGUGUGUUCGUGACACAAGAGGACAAGACUGCUGCUCCUGGAUUUAAUUAUCGCUGCGAUGAUGCGUCAGUGACAUUACGCGGUUACCCGGUUGCACGUCGUCCUUACAAAGGGUGCGAUGGGACGCUGGAGGUCGUUCUACAGUCGAGCAUCGACAGACGUCGACAUGACCGCCAACAACGAGAACAGCUACACGACGACGGCGCUCCCGGAGCACAAAAACGGCGGCACUGAAGUGGCCGUCAUCGCCACCGUGCCCGUGGCCGCCAACGGCCUCAAGAAGGACAAGGACGCCACCAACGGGUCGUGGCACGCGCCCGGGGACGCCGUCACCGACCCGCUCAACCCCGUCACCGCCGUCGUGGACGAUGGCGACCUCGACGACGUCGACCUGGAGGAGAUGCAGUGCGGCUUGGGCCCGUGCACGCCGCGCUGGAUGCAGAUCUUCGCCUCGAAGCAGGCUUUCCUCGCCACGUUCUGCAUCACGUGGGUGCUGCAGGGCAUGUACUACACGUACUUCGUGUCCGUCAUCACCACCAUCGAGAAGCUCUUCCAGAUCCAGUCCAAGACGACGGGCUUGAUCAUGAGCGCCACCGAGAUCGGGCAGAUCGGCUCGUCGCUUCUGCUCACCUACUACGGCGGACAGGGCCACCGACCGAAGUGGAUCGCCUGGGGCAUGGUGUUGUUCGCCGUGUCCUCCUUCACCUGCUCCAUGCCGCACUUCAUCUUCGGCAAGCAGCUGAUCCACGCCAACGACCUCCUCUUCAGCGGCGUCGUGUCCACGCACGCCGCGCGCGGCGGCAGCGGCGGCAGCGGCCCCGCCCCGGGCUCCGAGCUGCACACCAUGAUGAACACGUCGGAGCCCGUGCCGCCCAACAUCUGCCGCGCGCCGAGCAGCUUCGCGGAGCACCUCGACGAGGACUGGGACUCCAGCAAGUACAACUCCAGCGUGCCGUGGUCCACCCGCCUUAAGAACAAACGCUGCGAGGAGGAGACGGGUCAGGUGGAGCAGCGGAUCCACUCCAAGAUCACCACCAUCGUGCUGGCCAUCUUCUUCAUCAGUCUGCUGGGGGUCGGCAUGGGCCAGACAGCCGUGUACACUCUGGGCAUCCCCUACAUCGACGACAACGUGGCCAGCAGAGAGUCGCCCCUGUACUUCGCCAUCACCAUCGGCGUGCGCAUCCUGGGGCCGGCGCUCGGCUUCAUCCUGGGCUCGCUGUGCACGCGGCUGUACGCGGACCUGUCCGUGGAUCCCCAAAUAACACCCAGCGACCCGCGGUGGGUCGGCGCCUGGUGGCUGGGUCUGGUGCUGGUGUCCUCCAUGCUGAUGCUGGCGUCCCUGGCAAUGUUCUCCUUCCCGAAGAGGCUAAGCACGUCCAGGCCGACACCCAGGGCGUUGCGUCGAGAGAAGAAGAACCCCAGUCUCAGAGACUUCCCGAAGGCGGUGAAGCGACUGCUGCACAACGACAUCCUGAUGUGCCGGACGGCCAGCAGCGUGCUGCACAUCCUCCCCAUCGCCGGCAUCUACACGUUCCUGCCGAAGUACAUCGAGUCGCAGUUCCGGAUGCCGGCGCACUCUGCCGCCAUGAUUUCAGGCGUCGGCGGCAUCCUGGUGAUGGGCCUGGGCAUCAUCAUCAGCGGCGUGUUCAUCCUGCGAGUGAAGCCGAACGCGCGCUUCGUGGCGGCCUGGAUCGCCUUCACGGCUCUCGUCUACGCCGUCGGCAUGGGCGUGCUCAUGUUCAUCGGCUGCCCCAUGGACGACUUCGCGGGCCUCAUGCCGCAGCAGCAGGGGCUGCCCAAGUUCGAGCCCGUGUGCAACCGCACGUGCGACUGCGACCAGGACAAGUUCAGUCCGAUCUGUGGCGCGGACGGCAGGACGUACUUCUCGGCCUGCCACGCCGGCUGCACCAACAUCACCAUAGACAACGGCAAGAUCGUCGAGUACUCGGACUGCCAGUGCCUGUACCCCAACGCGACGGGCGCCUUCAACCCGGGGGAUGCCCACUUCCCCGCGCAGGCUAGCAUCGGCUACUGCGGCCUCAAGUGCGGCAACUUCAUCUGGUACAUCCUGCUCUUCUCGCUGUUCGUCUUCAUCCACUCCACGUCCGAGGUGGGCUCCAUGCUGCUCAUCCUGCGCUGCGUGGACCCGCGCGACAAGGCCAUGGCGCUGGGCCUCAUCCAGUUCGCAAUCGGGCUGUUCGGCAACGUCCCCUGCCCCAUCGUGUACGGCGCCGUGGUGGACUCGGCGUGCCUCGUCUGGGAGACGGCGUGCGGCAAGCAGGGCGCCUGCUGGCUCUACGACGCCAGCAUCUUCCGCAUGUUCUACCACGGGACGACGGGUGCCAUCAUGCUGUGCGCCUUCUUCGUGGACCUGGUGGUGUGGUACAAGUCUGGCAGCAUCAACUUCGUGGACGAGCAGGCGCCGACGCCGAGCCAGGAGGAGGAGCUGAACCCCAUCGCGACGUGCGCCAACGGCAACGGCAGCGCCAACGGCAACGGUGCGGGCGCCAAGGCGCGCUCCGAGACCAGCGUAUGACAGCACGCCGACGACGGCGCCGACCACGGCACGGGCCCGCCCACCGAUGGCGACGCCUGCCGGGUCGACGUCGACGUCGGCCAGGUUCGCGUCGAACAGCGUCCCGACGCUGUGGUGCUGAGCGCGGCGACCCUCGCCGACGACGCCAGCACGGCCCCGCAGCGGGCUGCCCCCGUGCCAUAAGCGUGUCGCAUAGAAGCACGUCCAGGCCCUGGACUCCGGACUCCAAGAGUGCCACUAGUGCUCGGGGCAGGCAAACAGUUUGCCCGGAGCCUGAUGCCUGCUGGGGCUCGCACCGACCUAAAGCACACCAACCUCAUAUGUCAUGUGCCAUGACGACAAGAACGUGAACGUGUGUGUGUGUGUGUGUGUGUGUGUGCGCCUGUGUGUGUGCGUGUGUGUGAGGGAGCGUAUAUAUGCGAAUGUGCAGUGUGGAUGAGAGUGCGAGCAAGUCAGCGUCGUGACGUGGACACGAUAGGUAACGUUUGAGCUGGGUGUUUUGGAUUGAAUCAGAGGUGUCUAAUGUAUUUUUGUAAACUAAUUCAGUAAGUGCUUUGAAAAUGAAUAGGAUUUUUCUUUUUGACUCGUACCGGCCGGUUACACGUGGCCGCGUGCUGGGAUGAGUUUGAAGGGGCUGCUUGCAUGCGAGCACCUUCUCGCGAACGUACCUGUUAGUAGGGAGGAUUUACUUGGUAGAAAUUGAACAUCACAGGUCUAAGUUACCAUUUAACGUUGGUCGGAGUCACUCGGUCUCUGGAGGAGUCAUUUCCCCGGACAAGAGUGUCAUCUAGGAAUCUUCCUAUCGAAUUAGCACCUGACGAAAUUGACGAUGAGCGCGUCCAAUCCAUCUUCAUUUGGAUGCGAGUUGAUGCACUGGCUGAUAAGAUUGGCCCUUUGCCAUGCCUCUCGUUUGUUCGUCCCGAUUCGAAAUGGUUCGAGAGUCAAUGACACAUUUUUGUCGUGACGUCGUAGUCUGUGUGUUAGCACGUCACGUUUAGAGCGACGUCGAUUCGAAAUAUUUUGCCUAACUUCCUGUGAGAGAUUCCUUAUUAGUUAUUCCUUUCUAGGAUAUAAAAUCUAGUUAUUUGACUAUUUUUCACGAGACAGUCCCAUCUUAUUGUGAUAGUCUGUCAAUAGUUUCUUUUUAAAGUGAUACACUUAACAGAAAAGCCUCAGGUUCUUCAUAACUCGUGAGACAUUUAUUUCAUUAUGAUUAACUUUUUAAAAGAUCAACUGCCAGAUAACUCAGGUUGUAUAUUCUACAAACUGCCAAUCGCACUCAGGUAAAUGAAACUGUAACUGCCAAUAAUCGGGUUUGAGAAAUCUUUAACUGCCACUUGGCUUGCCACUGGGCGCUGCAGUGCGUCCACACUGCGCGCGUUAGCAUUAGAGAAAUGUAGACCCAGCCUAUACUACGAAAACGUUCCCCAAGGAUUGAGAAUUGGGAUCAUUUCAAGGCCAAGAUGAAUCUAAUGGACGUCCCUUGACCUUAAGGAGAUACUGGUCUGGCUUGGGAGGUGGGCGCGCCUGCUGGAUAGGCCACCCAUUUGACACCAGUUUGGCGCGUGCCUGGUGGCUCUUUUAUCGUUUUCCAUUUUAUGUCACUUUUGUAUUGUUUAUUUAUAGCGCUUUUUGAAGAAAUGAUUUCCCUGUCACAUAUUUGGUUAAGCCUAAGUACUGUAACGGUGUAGCGUCUGUCUAUUCCGUCCGUGGCGACCAAUGCGAUUCCCCGGGGAGGUGGGGGAGGGGGCGUCUGUGGUAUGGCCCGACGGGCAGCCACUUGGCCUUGGCCUCCAGUUCGAAAAACGAUGAAUAAAAGAGAAUUCUUGACAGGCCUUAUUAUAUCUGUAAACGUCGAUCACUUAUCUGCUUUAUCUUCUUGCUGUGAUAUCUGAGAAUCUGAGAGCCAUUGUCCGUUAUAGACAUAACUGAAGCGUCAAACGAUGGAUCUUUGUAAAAACGUAACCGGUUAGUAGACUCUGCUUGGGCAGUGUGCAGGAGGUGACCUCAUGUGUGUUCCUUGCAUUCUGAUCUUGAGCAACUCUAGAUGGGAUGCCUCACGCGGUCUUCAAAGUCUGUAAUAAAAUGAAUUGUAUCAAUGUGCACCACUUCUAGAACAUUAACAUUGUUUUGCUUUACAUCUUUAUUGCUAUUAUUUGUUCAUAGCGCUGUCUUAUGUUGUGCACUCUAGUUAAUUUUUUUCUGGAAAAAGGCUGUGAGUUUCUUUGGUUAUGUCAUUUUCUCAAUUUUGAUGGGUUGUCGGACAUUUGUAAAGAGCUUUAUAUAGGACGUUAGAUAGAAUUAGCGUAGAAUUUUACCAUAAAUAAGAACUUUAAAUGUAAUAUAUUGUUUUAUACAGAGUAAAUAAAUAUUUAUUUUCGCUUAAA